CCCAUCUCUCUGUGUAAUGAACAUUGCCAGCCUGGUUAUCAGAAGAAAAAGAAGGAAGUGCGGUUUUUUUGCUGCUAUGAUUGUGUUUUUUGCCCAGAAGGCAAGAUUUCAAACCAGAUGGAUAUGACUGACUGUUUCAAAUGCCCAGAAGAUCAGUAUCCAAGCAAUGACCGAAAUGGAUGCCUCCCGAAAACUAUAACAUUUCUUUCCUAUGAAGAACCUUUAGGGAUCUGUUUAGCCUCAGUUGUUGUUUCUUUUUCCCUCAUCACAGCUUCCGUGUUACAAAUUUUUAUUAAGCACAAAGAUACCCCCAUUGUCAAAGCUAACAACAGGGACCUCACAUACAUUCUCCUCAUUUCUCUUAUGCUCUGCUUCCUCUCUUCAUUGUUAUUCAUUGGACAACCUGGGAAAGCGACCUGCCUCCUCCGACAACCAGCAUUUGGCAUCAUCUUCUCUGUGGCUGUUUCUUGUGUUUUGGCCAAAACUGCCAUGGUUUCGCUAGCGUUUAUAGCCACAAAACCUGGCUCUAGGGUGAGGAAGUGGGUGGGGAAAAGACAGGCCUAUUCAAUUGUACUUUCUUGUUCUUUUAUUCAAGCAAGUGUUUGCAUUGUGUGGCUCCUAAGCACACCCCCAUUCCCUGAUUUAGAUAAGUAUUCAGUACCUCAAAAGAUCAUUGUGCAAUGUAAUGAAGGGGCAGUUGCCAUUUUCUAUGCUGUCUUGGGCUAUAUGGGCCUCUUGGCAAUCAUCAGCUUCAUUGCGGCAUUCCUAGUCCGUAAACUACCUGACAGUUUUAAUGAAGCCAAGUUUAUUACCUUCAGCAUGUUGCUCUUUUGCAGUGUCUGGUUGUCCUUUGUCCCAACCUACCUCAGCACAAAAGGAAAAGACAUGGUAGCUGUGGAGAUCUUCUCUAUAUUAUCUUCCAGUGCUGGGCUCCUGGGUUGCAUCUUUUCCCCUAAAUGCUACAUUAUUCUGUUAAGGCCUGAGUUGAACAAGAAGGAGCAAAUUAUGAGGAAAAUGAACUGA